CCAAUCGAAAUUUACAAGAGAAUAACAAUUAAUUGGAAAAUAUGUGAAAUUAAAAAACAGAAAAGGGAAAUUUGCAAAUUGCAUACUCUCUGAAAGCAGGCGGUUUUGACCAAGUUUAGGCAAUCGGUGAAAAUGGAAACUGGCAACAUGAAUGCCCACUGCAUGGAGGAUAAAAAGUGUCGGAUUUGUGGACUAGCCGACAUCUGUAACAUCAAUAUCUUCACUUCGGCUAGUGGAAACGCACUACUAUGCAAAAUACUUGCGGUUUAUCCAAUUGUCAUGUAUCAGCACGAUCCGCUGCCCAAAAAUAUUUGUAAAAAAUGUAUUAACAACGUUAAUUUUAUGUAUGCCGACAUUCAGCGUGCGAUGAAAACUCAGGAGAAGUGGACUAAUAAUGUUCGUCGCGUGCAACCAAACCAUGGCUACGUGCGCAUAAUGGAUUUGAUAGAGAAUUCUAGUAACGCAACCCUAAAAUCAAUAAAAACAAAUUUUCUUGUGGAUAUACAACGAAUACCCGGUCAAAUGAUUCCCAAAGAGUCAUCUCAAAUAACUAAUACGUCAUUUGAAGUCCCUGAUACCGUUGUGAACAAUACUAGAGUAGAAGUAAAUGGGCCAGCUUUUCAACAAAUACAAAAAUCCCUGGGACUUCUUAACACCAAAUCAACAACAAGCUCACCACCGGAGAUAAAAGAGCUGAAAACAAUGUUAGCCCUCAAUGGUUGCACGUUGCGCCCUGUAAGUAAAUCUAAUGAUGCAUUCGAUUCAUCUAAAAGCAAAAUUGAUGCCAAACUCAGUGAUACAACAGUGAAAAAUAACGGUGUAGCUGGUAGUACCCAAGAUGAUAUCCCCCUGUCAUAUUGUUCGACUUCAACUGAAUCUUUGAAAAGCAUUAAAUGCCGCUACUGUGAGUUGAAGUUCGAAUCCCAGUCUUCCUUAGCCACACAUCAGAUGCAACAUAUGCGUCUUAGCAUUCCACGUCUAUGUGAUAAAAAAUAUUUACAGAAGAAAUUGCGAAAAGGUCGAGUUAUAACAGUACAAGAGCGAAAAUGUAUACGAUGUCUGAAUUGUUGGCAUCUUUUUGUAAGCAAUAAGUCGAUAUUGAGUCAUUGGUUGUGGGGAGAAUGUGACUUUUACUGUCAUAUUUGUGGCGAAGAAUUCCCAACAUCCCCAAAACUACUUCGCGAUCAUGUGCAAGCGGUGCACGGCAUUAACUACCGUUCCUCAAAAAUAAGACAGACAACGCUAUCGACGCACAAAACUGCAUGUAAGGAAGAGCCGCCACCGCAAGAAGAUAAGUUAAAUCACUAUAUAACCACAAAGACUAAAUGCAGCAUAAAGCAAGAACAGAGUUCCGCAAUCAAUAAAGCAGCAACCACAAGUAACCCAAGAUACACAACGCAAAAGAAGUCAGAACGAAAACAUCCUUUGGAUCCUUUCAGCAGUGCCACAUGCAACAUUUGUCAUAGAACAUUCAAUAAUUUUAAAGCAUGUAAUUCACAUAUGCGUAAGCAUAAGCCUUCAUAUAUAUAUGGCGAUAUUGUGUUGUCACCACAUGCAUUUGGCGAUGGUUAUAAUAAUAUCGAUCCGCAAAUCCAAGAAGGGCAAAUAAGCAAGACCGUGCACAAUAUAAAUGCCGUACGCAGUUCCUGGCCAACUGUCCGUGAGCGUAGAGUAGACAAUACGAACUCGGCAGCAAAUUUCAUCACACGCCAAGUCAAUAUGAAGACUAGUACAGGUAUAAGAAUUCGAUCUAUCACAGAAAUGCAAAAAAACACAAAACCGCAUAGAACGGUGCAUCCUAAUGUCAUUACUGCAGAAGCCACAAGUAGCCUGAGCUGUUGGCUUGCAGCGUCACAUGCUGCAACAUUACACACAGCCAACGAUCAGAUAUUUGAAAAUAAAGUGAAAGAGGAGCCGAGAGAUUUUGAUGGUACUUAGUAUGUAAGCAACGCACAUUAGAAAUCUCACAGGCUUCCACUCAAUAAUAGAAUAAGUUCCGAUUUGAACUCUUUCUUGAUAUUUCAAAGAACAGCCGAUCUGAGAUAAACCAUAAAUAAUUUUGUGUCUAUUUACCAAGCGUCUUUGCUUCAUCUGGAUUUUAUACAAAGCGGUUAGUUUACAAAAAUAAUCGAUAGCCUUUUUUAAGCAAGUUUUUAAUAAACUGGAGCCACGGAAAUAACAUACAAUUUUAAUUAUAUCUUAAUUUCCCCAAAAAUGUAUUACUUAAAAAUUAUUAAGAAGUUCCUUGCAUUCUAAGC